AUGACCACUGUUUUCUCCGCCCUUUUGUUUACGGGCCUUUUUGUUUUUUCGGCAGAUGCCUAUACCCGAUGCUGCGGACCUAAACAAUGGACAUCUGCAGUGGCCCAAGUAGUUGGUGAAUACAAUAUAGGUGCCGACUAUUACGGAUUAAGUGAAGUUGACAACAGAGUUUAUUAUGACUUUCAAAACAAGAAGAUUGCUUCUGUACAAACAGUGACAAACGAAACUGGUGACCAGCCUGUUAUAACAUACAUCAAACAGAUAUUGGAUUACAAUUUAAAGAAGACAUGGACUAUUGAAGGAAAGAACUGUACUACCACAGACUUAACUGAAGAAAUACCAUCGCCUUGUGUACCAGAGUUUGCCUCACACAUCGGUUCUGAAAUGCUAAUCAACGAACCUGUGGAUGUUUGGUUUAUGAAGGUUGGGAAGACAAGCACACAUCGAGUCACACUAACGCAAAAAAACUGUAUCCCUGUUUCAUCGUCUGCACUAACAGAUAAACCUAAAUAUGAUUUUGUUACGACCGUUAAUUUGUACCAGAACAUUACAGUAGGGCCUAUAGAUCCACAGAUUUUUCAGAUUCCAGCAUUUUGCAAGAAGAACUCUAUACACAUACAAAAGAAACCAUUGCGUGUUCCCACUGUUCCAUGGUUGUACUAGUAGAUGAUAUCAACAUGUAAAUGACAGACACCAUGGAUUUGACCGGAAAUUUAAUCUAUUAGCUUUUUGUAUUUUUUAUUUAAUCAAAAUUUAAUGUAUUUUCAACUUACAAAUUUUUUAUACAGCAAACAUAUUAAGAUUUUAUGGAGAAAAUAAAUAAAUAUCUAUACAAUUA